UUUGCUGCGUUCCAAAUCGAGGGGCUUUCUGCUCUGUGAAACAAACACAACUCUCGAACCUUCUAAGUUCUCUUCCUCUUGCUUCCUUCUGGUUCAAGAUCUCAUUGCAAUGGAUGCUACAAAGACCAGCGUUGCUGUGUUGGCAUGUACGGAUGAAGCAGUUCUUCCUGUAAGUCAAGUAUUUGAAGCCAUUAAAGAACUUGGAAAUGAAGGGGCUGAGCAAUAUGAUCCUUUGGUGGUUACAUCUGCAUCAUCACUAAGCAAACUGCCAGUAGAAUCUUCCUCUGUAGACAUUAUGGUUUUAAUCUGGCUGUCUCUUGAUUGUCCUAUGGACCAACUGGUUCAAGAAGGUCUGAGAGUGUUGAAAUCAGGUGGAACAACUCUCAUUAUCAAGUCAUCUCAGUCUGCUGCAGGUUCACCUGAUACGAUUAUAUCUGAUCUUGAGAGCAAGUUAUUGUUGGCUGGGUUUAUAGAAGCUCAAGUUGUACAAUUAAAAUCAACUGUCCUAUCAGGAGGCAGAUUCUCUGGGAUCAAAGCUAAAAAGCCUUCAUGGAAAGUUGGAUCAUCUUUUGCACUGAAGAAAGUGGUGAAGAAUUCACCUAAAGUGCAAAUUGAUGUAGACUCAGAUCUGAUUGAUGAGGAUAGUCUUUUGACUGAAGAAGAUUUAAAGAAACCCCAGCUUCCACCUAGUGAUUGUGAAAUUGGAAGUACAAGAAAAGCCUGUAAAAAUUGCACAUGUGGGAGGGCAGAAGAAGAGGAAAAAGCAGUAAAGCUAGGAUUAACUGCAGAACAGAUCAAUAAUCCUCAAUCAGCUUGUGGAAAUUGUGGACUAGGGGAUGCUUUCAGAUGCGGUACAUGUCCUUACAAGGGGCUUCCUCCCUUCAAAUUGGGCGAGAAGGUUACACUGGCCGGUAACUUCCUUGCCGCAGACAUAUAGCAAAGAAGGGUGCUGUAUUAUGCUUUAUCUUUAGGUGGUUCGUGAUUAUUUUAUUAGUAUUAGUCAUCUUUAAUGCUAUCAGAGCCAUAAUCAUCCGAGUUGUUUGAUACAAUUUUAUCUUUCGCUAUCUGAGAGACACAAGUUUUGUUGAGUACCAUGGUUCUCACAAGUUGAAAUGAAAAGUCUAAUAUAUCAUAAGCCAUAAA